AUGUCAUCUAAUACGAAGCCGUAUUGUUUCUGCGAAAACAACAAAAAUGGUCACUAUCGAUCUUUCGAUGUUCAAGAGUGGCGAGAAGCACUGAAAGCUCUCUGCGGCUAUAGCACCCUGAACCCGGAUGACGGGUUCCGGAGCUACGUAUCGCCCGAAGGGCUCGUGGCAUGGGGCGCCUAUGCGCAAGACCAGUCGGGUUGCUCCAAGAAAUCGUCGUUUGAUUUCACCGAAUCCUGCAUAAAGUGGAUGAGUCAGCUUGUCGAGGCGUGUGACGGAUCGGUACCUGAGGAGGGAGCUUAUGGUUACGGUGGCGGGUUUGUUCAGCCGGGAGCCGAUGGAUGUAUUGAGUACUAUAUCGCGAAAUCAUAA